ACGAGUGGGGCCAGGGCUGGUAUAAAAGGGGAACCGUAGCAUCUGUGGAGCAUCAGUCCUCAAAUCCAAGGAACAGCAGCAACCAUGAGGGCAUUCAUGAUCGUGAUGCUCGCCGUUUCGGCGAUGGCGCGGCCAGAAGCAGGUUAUUCUUACUCUCAGCCUAGCUCCAGUUACGGAGCACCGGGAGGUGGAACCACCGGAAUAGGUGGUGGACUCGGUGGCGGACAUGGAGGAGGACUUGGCGGAGGACUUGGCGGAGGACUUGGCGGUGGACUUGGCGGUGGACUCGGCGGUGGACUUGGCGGUGGACUCGGCGGUGGACUCGGUGGUGGAUUCGGUGGAGGCUUCGGUGGUGGCGUCGGAGGCGGUGGCGGCGGUGGAUUCGGUGGUGGCUUCGGUGGUGGAAUCGGUGGAGGAGCCGGCGGAGGUGGCGGUGGUGGAUUCGGAGGUGGUUCUCUCAUCCAGAAACACAUCUACGUACACGUACCACCACCAGAAGCCCCAGAAGACAGACCUGCCAGACCCAUUUUACCACCAGCUCCACCCCAGAAACACUACAAGAUCAUCUUCAUCAAGGCACCCACUCCACCAACUCCCACUGCUCCUGUCAUUCCUGCUCUUCCUCAACAAGAUGAACAGAAGACGUUGAUCUACGUGUUGGUGAAGAAACCGGAAGAAGCUCCAGAAAUCACUCUGCCUACUAUUGCUCCAACCCAACCGAGCAAACCAGAAGUUUACUUCAUCAAGUACAAGACCCAGAAGGAAGUUACCUCUGGUGGUGGCGGCGGUGGCGGUGGCGGAAUCGGCGGUGGAAUCGGCGGUGGAAUCGGCGGAGGAAUCGGCGGAGGAAUCGGCGGAGGAAUCGGCGGAGGAAUCGGCGGAGGAAUCGGCGGAGGAAUCGGUGGAGGAAUCGGCGGCGGCAUCGGCGGAGGUGUCGGUGGAGGGCUUGACGGUCAUGGCGGUAGCGGACCAAGCGGACCCAGUACGUCUUACGGGACUCCCGGCGCUUCAGGGCCUUACUAGUCACUCAAAAUGCCCGUUGAACCCCCGCAGCUCCUCCUCUACCCGUAAUCGAACCUAUCUUUACGUUCCGCGACACGCACGCAUUCACGGCUUCGGCCACGGCUUCAGCCACGGCUCAACUGCGAUCCUAUUGGACGCAACACACUGUGAUCCCACGUGGACGACCGCGGCGACGAGCAGGAACAGGACAAUCGAAUGGACUGUCGAUAGUAACAUGAGGCUCCUGCUCGCGAUUCGGAGUUACACGAUUAGUAAGAAUAAUACGACCACGAUCAUGAUGAUGACCGUGAUGACCAGGAUGAUGACGACGAUCAUAACGAUGAUGAUAAUGGUGAUGAUAAUGACGACGAUCUUGAUGAUGAUGAUGACGAUGGUGGCUCUAACGGAAGUUAGAAACACGGUAAUCAAGACGACGACGACGACGACGACAAUUAGGAUUAAAUGUUUUUUUAUACGUUACUUUUUGCAAGAAAACGGUGGCGAAAUAAAGCUUUUUUUAUGUAUUUUUACAUAAAA